AUGGCUGGUCUAUCCCAAGAAUUUGUUGGCAUUUACGUCAAUACAGUAAUUGAAAACACUAUGAGCCUGAGUGAAGCCCGAUCCAUGCGCAAGCCCUGGAACAAAUUGGAGUCGGAAUCAGAUUCAGAAUCAGAUUCAGAAUCAGAAUCUUAUUUUUGUAAGGGCCGAGGUAAACUCGACAACACGAGAAAAUCUCAAAUUGGGAAAAAUUGUAAACAAACUUCGCCGAAAAUAAGAGGACAACACAGUUCAAUCCAGGGCCGGAAUUAUAUAGAUAAUAUAAAGAGUUUGCUCUGUAGAAAGGUACAGAAGGUCAAGGAGGGGACCGAGCGGGAAAAAAUAGCCUUGAUCACUAUUACACCGAUUGUCGAAACUACAUCCUAUUCCGAAACUGUAUCCCCAAAGAACUAA